AUGGCACCUCGUCUACGAGUCCUUGCCGGCACCUCUACAUCCACAAUGAUGCCUAUGACAUCCCUGAUCAACACCUCGACACCGUUCGGACUGUCUUCGGAUGUUUUUGAGGGUCAAGUUGUGGCGCAUAUCAAAGGAUUGACGGACGAACAUGGAGAGCUGCGCGACUCAGAGUAUUUCGAUAGGAGCGAUAGGAAGGGCGUCACCUGGAGUAUUCAAGUGCAAGGCCGGUUCCUCGCACCGUUUUCAGCCGAUGACAUUCUCUUUGGAAACACCUUUGACCGCCCUCUGAUACUCCCAUGGGGCACUAGCGCUGUGCUGAAGUUCAUGCACUACAUCGACCCAACCCUUCAACAUGAUCUCAUGUCUUCAACGAAACCUUGGGCAUUGUCCCCAUUAAUAUCGACGAUGCCAUACUUCGCGCACACUCGAGUGUCCAGUUGUGUUCUUCCUCCGUCCUCGUCUCCUUCGCCGCAUUUGUUGCCAUCCGGACAUAGGUCAAGUCCGAACACCGUCUCCAGUGCCAAUAUACCCGCUUUCCCAACGAUGCAGUCAAUACAAGAGUCAACUUCGCAGCUGUAUCUCGCAGUUGACAGUGCGCCAUCUUCCCCGUCUUCCUCCUCAAGUGGGUCGGCCUUUACAGACCCUUCGCCCGGAUCCUCCGCGACGUCUCUCUCAUCGAGCAAGAGUGCCAAGUCGGACUGCAGGAAAGUCGGCUCGGACCGUCUCAAGCACGCCAUGAAGAAAGUCACCAAGCGGAGCCGGUCACCCUCUCAAACGGAGCGAGAGGUGCAGCAGUUCACGAGCAGCUCGCAGAGGCGAUCGUAUUUUUCCAACCCAGAGAAGCGGAAGACCGUUAAGUUCGGCCCAGACGAUGUAAUUACGACGGACUUUUGCUAUGGGUUCAUCAACUUCGCGCCGUCGUUGUCGUUGCAGCUGCCAGGCGGCCUUUCGUUUGACCUCACGCGGUAUUGGGACGGGCAACCUGUACGGUUUAUGUGUUGUCAGAGGAAAACAGAAGGGGAUGAGGGUGGUGAUCCGUGGGGCAGGGUAUUUUGGUGCAUUGCUAUCGAGAUGGUGACUGACGAGGAUGAGGAGUGA